GCUCCAGAAGUGCCUCCUACACAUUCUUCGCGUUGCGUGGGGAUUGUUCUAUUGCAAAUCGUCUUACGACCAUGGCGUGUGCUGCAGCAGCCUCCGGCGUCACGCUCCCCGCGGGCAACAUCGCCCAUGCUCGCCCUGCGGCCUUUUCGUCCUCUGCCUCCGGCGCAUCCUCCUCUUUGUCCGUGCGGAAGUCGUUCUCCGGACUGAGCAAAAGCUUUGCUGCUCGCCUGGCUGCUACCAAUGCACCCACUGGCAAGGCUGCUUCGGCAGCUGGAGUCAAGAUCGCGUCGCAGAAGCGGGGUGUGAUCACUGCUUCGGCGCAGGACAGCUACGAGCCACUCAUUGGUAAUGUUGCCCCAGACUUCGAGGCGGAGGCUGUGUUCGACCAGGAAUUUAUUAAGGUUAAGCUGUCCGAGUACAUUGGAAAGAAGUACGUCGUAUUGUUCUUCUACCCUUUGGACUUCACAUUCGUAUGUCCAACAGAAAUCACUGCCUUCAGUGACAGGUACAGCGAAUUCGAGAAGCUAAGCACGGAAGUUAUCGGUGUUUCCACUGACAGCGUGUUCUCUCACCUCGCCUGGAUCCAAACUGAUAGAAAGGCAGGAGGGCUCGGGGACCUGCAUUAUCCCAUCGUCUCGGACAUUACCAAAAAGAUUUCUAGGUCAUUUAAUGUACUGAUUCCGGAGCAGGGCAUCGCACUGAGGGGUCUAUUCAUCAUUGACAAACAGGGAGUGAUCCAGCACGCAACCGUCAACAACCUUGGUAUUGGGCGAAGCGUUGACGAAACUCUGCGGACUCUGCAGGCCGUACAGUACGUGCAAGAUAACCCAGACGAGGUGUGCCCUGCUGGCUGGAAGCCUGGGGAAAAAACGAUGAAGCCUGACUCGAAGCUAAGCAAGGAGUAUUUCGAGGCCAUCUGAGGGACUAGUCUGGCGGCUGCUGCUGGUGCUGCUGUGUGGUCAUCUUUUCUGGGAUGGCGCGCAAAUAUAUUGCAGCUUGAUUUAGCCUAAUAUUGAGUAGUAGGUGUUACCCGUUGUUUGUGAGGGACGCAAAUUUGUGUUGAUUUGGGUCUCUGUUGUAUGCACUUCGAGAAACGGUGUUAUGUCGACCUCGAAUGCUAAGGGGACUUCUUCAGCACGUUUUCAGGUUAUAUGCACAAUUUAUUGGCGCCAUGAGCAUCAUAAUUUGAGUCAUUCUCUGGUGUCAA